GAGUUGAGUGCUACAACCACUGCUUCUUCAACCAUGUUCACCCUCUUCCUUCUUUGUGCCCUCACUUCAGCCAUCGCCGACGCCGUCACCGACAGAGACGGCGACGCCCUUCGCAACGGCGGCACGUACCACAUCCUCCCUCUCUUCGGAGUAAAGGAUGGCGGAAUCGAACUAGCCACCACCGGAAACGAAAGCUGUCCCCUCAGCGUGGUGCAAUCUCCCUCCGGCGCCACCUUCAGGGGACUCCCCAUCAGAAUUUCCUCCCCUUAUCGAGUGGCUUACAUCUCCGAAGGCCUCAUUCUGAGCCUGGCGUUCGCUUCUGCGCCGUCGUGUGCUCCCAGUCCGCCGAAGUGGACCGUCGUGAAGGGGUUGCCGGAAGGAGAAGCCGUGAAACUUCCCGGGUACCGGAGCACGGUGAGUGGGUGGUUCAAGAUCGAGAAAUCUUCCUUUGAGUACUUGUACAAGGUUGUCUUCUGCGCACGUGGCAGUGACACGUGUGGGGAUGUUGGGGUCAGUGUUGACGGCGGCGGUGUCAGCCGCUUGGUGGUGACGGACGAUGAGGGAAUCUUUGUCGAGUUUAUGAAGGGUAAUUCUGUGGAUGCUUGAGUGAAUCACAUGCUAUCAACUAUCAAGUAUGAAAAUCCAUACUCGCCGUAACUUAUUACAUUUAAAUCGUUUGAUUUAUAAUAAAAGAUCAUAUUACACAUGUAUAUUUAAGUU